GUCAUAAUUCCCAUAAUUUCCGCUUUCAUCUAGUGGCGCUGUAGACGCUAUUCCAUAGUCCGUGUAAAAAUAACAUAGUUGUUUUUGGUGAGAAUUUUUACAAUUUCUCUGCGAUAUACGGUGAAAAUUAAGGUAGAAUGGCAUCCGAGCGUUAUAGUUUUUCCCUGACAACAUUUAGCCCUUCCGGCAAGCUUGUUCAGAUUGAGUAUGCCCUGGCGGCUGUAUCGGCUGGUGCCCCAUCAGUAGGCAUCAAGGCAACCAAUGGAGUUGUCCUGGCCACGGAGAAUAAGCAUAAGUCUAUCCUCUACGAUGAGCAUAGCGUAAACAAAGUGGAGAUGGUGACGGAUCAUAUUGGAAUGGUGUACUCCGGAAUGGGUCCAGACUAUAGGCUGCUGGUGAAGCAAGCACGAAAGAUGGCUCAGCAGUACUAUCUCGUAUACCAGGAGCCCAUCCCCACAGCUCAGUUGGUACAGCGUGUGGCGACUGUGAUGCAGGAGUACACCCAAUCUGGAGGUGUUCGACCUUUUGGUGUCUCCCUUCUUAUUUGUGGAUGGGACAACGAUCGUCCCUACCUAUUCCAGUGUGACCCAUCUGGAGCCUACUUUGCAUGGAAGGCAACUGCCAUGGGAAAGAACUCCAUCACAGGCAAGACUUUCCUCGAGAAACGAUACAGUGAAGAUCUGGAGCUCGAUGAUGCUGUUCACACGGCCAUCCUCACGCUAAAGGAGGGCUUUGAAGGUCAAAUGACUGCCGACAACAUACAGGUGGGUAUUUGCGAUGAGAAUGGCUUCAAGCGACUCGACCCUUCCACCGUCAAGGACUACCUGGCGAAUAUCUAAAAAAAAAAAAUGGGUAUGAUCCUAUGUUUCUGCAUUAAUUCAAUAAAUUACGAGGUUUUACACAA